AUGCCCGAACGUUGGGCGUUCUGCUUUUCGGUUGUAACAAUUCUUUUUGGUUCCGUUCGUCGUUGCGAUGGUAAGAACAGUGCUUGUUCACCGGAAAACCGUAUCGUUGGGAGCGUGCGAGUGGAAGUAUCACAGUCCGACCUGCCGCACAUCUGCUCCGUGCGGUACCAAACCGUCCAUCGUUGCAGUGCGACCAUAUUGAAUGCGAACUGGUUGUUAACUUCCGGCCACUGUACUAUCGAUCUCCCCAUCGAUACAAUCGCAGUCGUUUGCGGUAUCCGCAUGUAUCGCACCGUGCUGGAGAUUGUGGCGCAUCCAGACUUUGACGCAUCGAGAUGGACCGGGCACGAUCUGGCACUGCUCAAAAUGCGGAAGCCACUCAACUUUACGACCAACGUACAGCCAAUUCCGUUGUACGAUGGAGCGGAAGUUCCUGCAGAUGGAAUGGUUUGGCGAGCAACAAUCGUUGGUUAUGACCUGUCUCGUUCUGGAGAUGAGUUCGGUGGUUCGAAUAGGAAUCCGAUGCUGCAGAUGGCCGAUGUACCGAUACUAACGACCUGCGAGUGUCAGCAACGUCUGGGACCAAUCCUGUCUACCUACCUAACAGACGCAAACAUCUGUACUGAUAACGCUAGAUCGACUCUACCAACAGUAGACGGUACGUCAACGUGUCUCGGUGAUUCUGGUGGCCCGGUAAUGAUUGCGACCGAACUGCAACCCUACAAUCUGUUGGCCAUUCCCUCCUUGACAUUGGCACCCUGUGGAACGGGCCCAUCAGUGCACGUUCGUGUUGCGCCCCAUCUCGAUUGGAUUCUAGCGAUAAUCGGUGUCAAUUAA